CUAAAUUAAGCGACAAUUCUUUUUUCAUUAAAAAAAUGAUGUUUGAAAAAAUGCAGGCUUAAAUUUUCACAUGUAGUAAUUAAUAUCACAUAAAAGCCAAUUUGUUAUUUAAACACGGUCUUUUUUUAAAAAAAAAAAAUGCAAGGCUCUUCAAUUUCAUAUAAAUCAGCGAAAAAGAGCGGUAAAACACCAAAACAUUAAUUAAAUCGUACUCAAAUCACUUUCACAAUCGAUAUUUGGAACGAAUUAAGAUCUAAUCAAGAAAUGUCUCUUUCAUUAGAAACGUCUGUUUCAUUGGAACGCUCUGGACCCAGAGAGACUUAUGGUAAGUGUUCCCUUUGUAAACAACAACGAAUUGCGACGAUGUGGUGUGAACAAUGUGAUAUUUUGAACUUGAAAGAAUGCUUUCCAAAUUGGACUAGUGGAAAUUCUAUAAUAGAUGAGUUUAUUAGAUUUACUCAAUUAAAUGCUAAGGAGAGUAUGGACUACCUUGAAUGGAUUGAUUUUAAUCAAUUUGAUUUGAUCAAGGAUAUUAAUGAUAAAGGAGCUUUCAGCUCGAUUUAUUCAGCAGUAUGGACGGAAGGUCCGAGGUGGAAUUUAGAUGAAGAAACCGAAAUAUGGACUCGUACUGGCCCAAUUAAGGUCAUUCUAAAAAGAUUAGAUAAUUCUCAUAAUUUAAGUCAAGAAUUUGUAGAUCAAUUAUAUAGAUACCAUAAAUGUCUGAAAAGUAGAGCACUUGCAGAUUGUUUUGGUAUAACCAAAGAUCCAACAUCAUGUUACAUGCUUGUUAUGAGAUAUUACAAAAACGGGAGUUUAUAUUCGUAUCUUAAAGAAACCUUGGGAGUACUUUAUUGGAGAGAUAUUGUAGAUAUGUUAUGGUCAAUAUCCACAGGCCUUAGUUAUAUUCACAAACAUGGUCUUGUUCAUGGACAUUUACACGGUGGAAAUAUAUUAGUCGAAAGUGAUGUGAACUCGAUUGAAACUAUGAUUACGGAUACUGGAUUACAUGGACCCGUUGAUAAACAAUUAUCUCCAAAACAAAUUUACGGUGUAAUUCCUUUUGUUGCACCAGAGAUUUUUAAUGGAAAUACGCCAACUAAAGAAUCCGAUAUCUAUAGCUUUGGAAUGGUCAUGUGGAUGUUAUCAGCUGGUGUGCGUCCUUAUUGUGAUAGACCUCAUAAUAAACAACUAAUUCAGGAAAUCUGCUUAGGAUUAAGACCGAGCGUCGUAGAUGGAACUCCGCCAGUUUUCUUCAGUUUAAUGAUACAAUGUCUAGAUGUGAAUCCAUCCAAUAGACCAACAGCGUCUCAGCUUAACGAAUGUUUUGGAAAUUGGGUCAUAGCAAUUUGUGAUAACCCUGACCCAUCUGAUUUAUCAAAUCAAUUUGACGCUGCCAAAGAAAUAAAAAUCUCGAAUUUGGAAAAUUCUAAUUUCAACGCUUUCUCAAAUCACCCAAAAGCUAUUUAUUUCAGUCGCCCAUUAUGGUUGAUUGAUUAA